AUGGAUCUUUCGCGACUGACUCGACCCGCGAUCCUGUGCCAGUGCUCGCGAUGCUCCAGCUCUCUCGCCGCGUUGGAGAACGAGUGGGCGAAGCUUUCGAAUUCCUAUUCCAUAGCCGCCGGGUGGCUGAGUGUCGAGUUGCAUCGCAUUUCCAUUUCUUCGGAGAAGAAGCAAAUACCCCAAACCUCGGAGUUGAGCAAACUGCGGGGUCGCAUCUUGCAAGAAGUCUCCUGCAAACUUUGCCAGCAGAAGUUGGGAGCGCUGUGCGCACUGGAUAAUGGCCCGAACAUUUUUUGGAAGCUCUCAAAGGUGUCGUUUAGGGAGAUCGUGACCAUGCGGACAGUCGAACCUACCUUCAAAGAUGGAGCCCUUGAACGCUUAAUAUCCCCGACUCCGGAACAGCGACGGGACCGGACCUCUAUCCAGCCCGGCGCUUUAGUGCCGACCGGAUCGACGGAGCUCGAAAGCUAUGGCAUCUCGGUGGAACAGCAGAUUCAACACCAAGGUCUGAGCCUCGAUCACAUCUCUAGCUCGGUCAGCAACCUCCAUGAUACCAUGUUCGAGUUGAAACAUGCGUUCACCGCCCUCCGCAUCGAGUUGAAUGGUCCUGGUCGCUUCGCCCCGGAUAUGAACAACCCCGCUAGCAAGGACCUGAUGAUCGCAACGGUACUGAAGGAACUCCGCUCGAAGUCGGAGGAGAUCGAAAGACUGAAACUGGAAAUCGAGGCCUUGAAGUUGAGGAGCCGCUAUGCGGAGGAACAGCAGUCCUUCAGACAACAAGAACAACAACAACCCUCGCUACCAAUCUUGACCGUUGCUGAAAUGCUGCCGGAAGUACGCAGUCCAGGACUAUUACAAGGCAGCAGAAAACGGCCGUGGCCGGACUCGUUCCCAAGUGGCCGGACCCAACCCAUUGGGGACUCAUUCGAUGAUGACGAGGAUGACGAUAGUAUCGGUGAUUUCGCGCUCGAUGGCAGGACGACCAUACCUCCGGUCAAAAUCCCACUCAAAGACCCACCUCACCAUACCUCAGAAACGAUUCACACAACCGACACGACGACACGCGACCCAAGCCCUUCGACAUCGCCCAGGUUGCGCAUUGAAGUCAGUAACUCAAGCCACCAAACUCCACACUACGACCACGCCAUGGAUGGGAAUGGGGAAGCGUCCACAACCUCACAGCAGUCAAGGGAGGCAAUCGUCAAGCGUCCCCGACUGGCCCAGCAAGCGGACAGGGGCUCCUCCAGCGCGAAGAAGAUAGGGCGGCCCCGCAAAUCAUUCAGCCAGACCACCAGACCUGACAUCCUCUCCAACCUCAAACCCUCGCCCCUGAGCGAGCAAAACACGAAUAAUAUCAACGGCAUCAAGAACCACAAGGAAAUCGCCCCUCCUCCCGCCGCCAGCCCGAGCGAUCAGGCCCCCAGUCAAGAACCUCGUCGGACCCGCUCCCGGAGCCUCCGACGACGGCAAUCUGCAGGUACCCUGUUCUCAACAACACAAGAGCAAACACCCGCUGCCGGCCCGCCGAACGGCGAACCGCUGGACACGACCGAGCCGAACCCACCGAGUGCCGGCAAAGAAAACCCCGAGGUAGCCAUGAGCGGCGUGCAGAAGACCGAAUCCAGCGAGAAGCGCAAGGCUCAGAUGGCCGCACGCGACAACAUAGUCCGACUGGCUAUGCAACGCGAGGAGGCCAUGGAAACGGAUACUUCCCGAUGA